AUGAGGAAAGUUUUAAAGUAUCUUGUAGUUCAACUAAUGAUCUCAUUGGUUUUGACUCAAAAUGAAGGCGACGUAUCAACACCUGAUGGUGAAGAUGAGACCGAAACAAAGCCAAAAGACAUUCCGCAAUAUGCACCGAAGUGUCUCUACGAUUAUUUAGGAAAUCGAGUGAACGAAGGAUGUCCAUCAGAGAAACCACCAGAAUGUGAAAAAGGAAUUCUUGUUCAAACAAUUUCAGGAGAGGAACAUGAGAUGUGCUGUUGUAAUUAUGCUAACAGUUGUGGAAAAUAA